AUGCUGUCCAAGCUUGUCUGCCUUCUCGCCCUCGGCCUCUCGGCUGUCCAGGCCAAGCUGACGUACCGGGGCGUCGACUGGUCCUCGGUCCCGGUGGAGGAGGAUUCUGGCCUAAAAUACUCGACGGCCAGCGGCACGACCGAGGCGGUUGAGAAGAUCUUUGCCUCGAGCGGCAUCAACACGGUCCGCCAGCGGAUCUGGGUCAACCCGUCGGACAAGACGUACGGGCUGGACUACAACGUGGCGCUGGCCAAGCGAGCUGUAGCAGCCGGCCUGGGCGUCUAUCUGGACCUGCAUUUUAGCGACACAUGGGCCGACCCGGCCAACCAGGCGAUCCCGUCAGGCUGGCCGACGGCCAUCGAAGACCUCGCCUGGGAGGUGUACAACUAUACGCUCGAGGUGGCCGACACGUUUGAGAAGGCGGGGAUCCAGCCCAAGAUCAUCUCGAUCGGCAACGAGAUCACCAGCGGGCUGCUCUUCCCGACCGGUGAGCUGUCCAAGAACCCGUACAACACCGCCCGGCUGCUGCACUCGGCCUCGGCUGGCAUCAAGGCCUCCACCCUCAGCACACAGCCGCAGAUCAUGAUCCACCUCGACAACGGCUGGAACUGGGAAACGCAAAAGUAUUGGUACACGACCGUGCUGGGUGAAGGCCCGCUCACGCUGUCCGACUUUGACAUCAUGGGCGUGUCGUACUAUCCCUUUUACAACUCCAAGGCCACGCUCGCCUCGCUCAAGACGAGCUUGACUAACAUGGCCUCGACCUGGGGUAAGGACUUGGUCGUCGCCGAGACCGACUGGCCGUCGUCGUGCCCCAACCCGAAGUACGCCUUCCCGAGCGACACCACGAGCAUUCCGAUCUCGCCGGCCGGCCAGGCCACCUGGAUCAAGGAUGUCGCCGCCAUUGUGGCCGGUGUUAGCAAGGGUCUUGGCCUCUUCUACUGGGAGCCGGCCUGGGUCUCCAACGCCAAUCUGGGCUCGUCAUGCGAUUACUGCUGCAUGUUCACAACCAGUGGUGAAGCUAUGUCGAGUCUGGCGGCCUUUUCCAGCAUCUAA